UAGCGAAAUGGACACCACAAACAGGCAUUUGUUGCCUGGAAGAACAAAGCACUCUUAGCUUCUGUAAAACAGUUACAGAUCGGAAGUUAAAGUGGAUAAAGAGUGGGUAACAAGGAUUAAGACCAGACGCCGUUUGAUCAGAUAUCCGUGAACUUGUCUGUGCAAACACAUCUGUACUUUUAGUUAACUGGCGUCAUCAAAAGGAUAAUACAUUGUCAAAUAUAUAUAUCGCCUGACAGUUUUUGUUUUUAAAAUAUGGAAAUGUUACGACAUCGUCAAUGUAUAUAUACAAAAUAUGAAGUCAAAAGCUUGUAUGAAAAGACAAAAACAGGAAAUGUGGACGUUAUAGGAACCAAGAAGGUACAAAUGUAACAGGAAAUGAGGACGUGUCAAUACAAAAGAAGUGACGUCACAAAAAUCGUUGAAACGAAACCAGGUGUUCCAAGAAGAUCGAACCACUGAUAGACUUCGUGCUAGACUUCGUGCUAAACACAUCACCGGUCCGAGACGUUGGAGAUUUACUGUGAUAUGUCUGGAUCUCCUCAGUAGAUCUACUCUCACAUGACCAGGAGACGCGCCGAGACAGACCCAUAGUGAUUUACUCUGGCGUGGGGACUCGGACACAAUGACAGUCUAUGUAAUGGACCUAAAUCCAGCUCGGCUCCAUUUCAGUGCUAACUCUGUAUAACGUAUCGACACUAAUGUGUAUAGGUUAUUAUAAAAUAAUGCUUACUAAUUAUCAUCUGAUUGCGUGAUAUCAAUUUAUGGCUAACGAUGUACUGAUGACACGAGAACAAAAACAUUAUUUCUACAACAUAUUUGGAAACCUAAAUGUUUAGGCUGGUUCACUAGGUACAAUAAUUCUGUAUUGUUUGGGGGUUCGGAUCAGACAAUAUGCCAUCUCUCUACGAGAAGGUGGUUUCAGUGAUUGAGAAGGACCCGGAUAAUAGGACAGAUUUUGACUGUCAGGAACUCAUUGGAUGGUUCAGAAAUAAGUCGCCACUCUUCCUGUCUCUUAAACAAGAUAUCCUCAAGGACGUCAUCCGUCAUUGUGUGUUCGAGAAGAAAGGGCAGGAUGACGUCAUCAUUAAGCAAGGAGAGAACGGAGAUAGAUUAUACAUCAUUCUGAAGGGAAAGGUAUCUAUUUACGUCUACCACGACAAGGAAAACGAACAGGAGAUACGUCAACAUGUGGAGAGAGUUUGUUCAAAGGUCAAACUGGAAAGGUCAGCGCUCGGACAACACGUGUGGACAUCUGGGGACGGACAGACAGUCGGGGAGAUAGCACUUAUAAAGGAAGACUGUAUACGGACGGCUAGUGUGGUAGUGGACACAAAUUCAGAACUUCUAGUCAUUGACCGAGCGCUCUACAACCGGUCAGUCCGAGACGUGUUGGAGAAGGAGUUCCGAGAGAAGACAGAAUUUGUAGAAAGCAACCCACUGUUUGAACAAUGGACGUCCCGACAGAGAAAAGCAAUGGCGAUAUCAUUGAAGAGCGACACUUUCCAGUACGGUUGUCGGCUUACAAAGCAGAGACAGGAAGUGGACAAUGUUUACUUUAUAAGGAGUGGAGAGGCGGAAGUGAUUGUUGAUCAGGGAAGUCAUAGAAAUCAAUAUCCAGAACUAUGGGCGGAGAUGGAGCGACUAUUACCGGAACUGCUUCCACCAAACUACGGAAUGAACUACUCACCCUACGAAACGUUGAAGAGAAAACGAAUCGCGCACAGGCAGUAUCCCAUGUGUCUCCUUGGAGCCAAUGAAAUUGUCGGAGCUUUGGAGCUAGUCAUUGGACUUCCUACGUUUAUAGAGACAUGUACAGUGACGAGAAGUUCCGAAAUACUUGUUCUCAGUAAAGCUAACUACCAACGCUUAUUCCAUCGCCGUUCAGCAGCUCGAGCUGUUGACAUGUUGAAAGACACAUUGUGUAUGAGACUAUUUUUGUACAUUCACCGAUCACAGCUCUCGGAUGCGUACGCACCUUUUCUGAAAUAUCUCACAAUCAAACUUCGUGAUACAGAGUCACUAAAACUCUUGAAAUCGAAGCACAAACGACGCACAGGAAACGGUGACAAAGAAUUUCUGUAUUAUGGAUUUUAUGAGUACUCACGGCUCGAAAAACAUGACCAGGGCCUUGUUAAAUUAAUGAAAGUGUUAGAUAUUCAUUAUAUGGGCCUUGACAGCUUCCUUCCUGAGUUGGAGACUAGUACCCGGGUAUUGAUGGAACUCGAGAAACAAAUGAAGGAUUGGAAACAUCGCAGUCGGGGAGGGGGAGGACAAACAGAGGGGAGUUCAAAAGAGACACAGUCUACACGAAGGGCACAGACUGCCAAUAACGGCACACGACAGAAAAAGAAAUAUGUUGUAGAGGCACUGAAUGAACCUCCGAAACUGGAAGCCUUUCUGCGCUCUAAGACUACUCUAUGACGAACAGAGGAUGCCGGGAUCUAGUUUGUGAAGACAAAUUAAACAACAGGUUUUACUGAUUACAAUAAAAUGUGGCUGUCCUUUAAUUUGUACGUCUCAAAAGGAAACACUUUAGUACAUUGACUACAACACAGUGAGUUUUGUUGUAUUCUUAAAUAACAACGAACAUGUUAAAAUGUAGAAAUACGACAUGGUUUAAAUAAAUAAAAGCAAUGUG